AUGGAAGGAGGUACUCCUGUCCGCGCCAAUCCGUUUAAUUCUUCUAAUGAUGUGGCCCAAACGACUGUUCUAACUUUUUAUGUAGAGAAUAAUGGUAUGUGUAUUUGCCCAGUGGACUCAUUUCUUUUGUAGACAAAUCCCAGAUUGAAGACAACACCUGUAUUGCUGACCAGAAUGCCUCAUUUUUCGAAGACCUCUUUGUAAGUCUCCUUCGUAUUUCGUGUCAGGUGUCAUCCCUGAUCACAGGACACAUGUGCUUCUUAGUCGUCUGACUGGCAGGCGCACGGGCAUAUGACCAUAUGUUUGUGCUAGCAUUUAGGCGCGCAGGGCUAGACAUUUACUGGCUCGUUUGAUUCGCGGGCCAAUGCAGAGCAGUUUGCAGUGCUCAGUCGUGCAAUGGAACCUCGAUGCUAAGCCGAAUGCAUUUUACACGUCAAGAUUGUGCGGUCCCUUUGCGCGUAUACUAGCCCGCUACCGGGCGACCAGGCUAGCCCUCGGCGACUAGAAUGCUAUUAGGAUGAGCUGCGAGGUAAUUAUACUAAGCGAAGUUCGUGGCUCCGUAUACGGUACUAUUACCUCAAACUGCCUUUAAGUCAAUUUCUAGUUCAUUGCCUUGCCUUUCGACAGAUCUUAAAAGAGCCAUCUUUGUAAAAAGUCCAAAUUACUUCCUCGUGACAGUUAUGUGACGCUAACAUUUAUCAUUCGGAUUGCAGCACUUAUUUACAGUCUGCUGACUUCUGUCCAGAAAUACUAUUAUUUCUUUAUUACUAUUACUGCUCUUACUCGCUGGGAUUUACUACGAGUACUUUUUGUUCUUCGCACCUCAAUGCAUUUCUAGUUUUCUGUGUAACGUUUCCAUCCAGUGCUUCUCUAGUAAUCUGGCCAGUUAGCUCUGGAAGUGCCUGUCUCGUUAGUUGACGUUUGGUUUUUCUAUCAAACCAAUUCAGCCAUUCGACAAACUCGUAAGUGUGGACUUAAUUUCGACGUUUUGUCACAAAAGCAGUAGGAAUGAUUUACUGAUCUCUAAUCAUUUUCUCCUCUAUACAUCACUCCCAUCCCUAGAACCCAACUUACGUUCUUUGUCAUGUUUUUGGUGUAAACUUUCAGCCCGACGUUUGUGCGCUCUCUUCAACCGAAAAACUGGAAGCAGCUGUCAUGCAUUGCAAGCACAUAUACUUAGCGUCUAGGGAUCAACCUAAACAGCGUCAGCACUAUCUUCUGGAUCGCCUAAUCGAGCUACGUCGUCUCCUUCACAAUGCCAAGGUGAGUCCGUGUACGUGAUUAAAUACCACCAAAUAAAUGUAAAAGUUCAUUUUGAUACGAACUUCAAACACCUAUACGCCGUUUACAAAACAAGCUGACUCUUUAACCCCUGACCUGUUGAGCACGCCUGCUUGCACAGAACGUACUCUGUAGCUUUGGUCAAAACGUACUAAUAUAAGUAUCGUGCUUCUAAGUAUUCGUGGCGUGCCCCCAUCACACUAUAACUUGUGCGUUUAUGCGCCCACCUUUUUAUCUGACUUAUUGUGUGCCUAACGAUCUGUCGACAAAAAGACCCCAAGAAUUUUUAUUCACCUCUGACUGGUGGAUUUUGUCAUUCAUAUAGUAUCAGCACAGAUAAAUUUAUUUUAUAGCAAACAGAACAACUUUUUCUGGAACUUGCUGCAUACGUGCCACUUAUAAGAUAGUAUGCCUCCACGUGGUAUUUUCCCGUUAGACGUUUUAUGAAGACUCAGACACGCAAAAUCCUCAAAUGUUUUAAAUAUAGCUUGUUUUGCACCUUCGGCGUAUUUUCCUAAAUUCCAAUUAUCGAAAUGAUUCAUGCGCAAUGGGCUCUUCCUCUCAAAGGUCGAUAAAUAACCUUAGGCAAUACGUAGUCGAGAUAGUAUUCCUAAAUUGCAGCUCUUCGACGCGUUCUCUCUCCUUUUUUUAUUUGGUGUUCUUUCCUCAGUACAAUAAAUAACAAAUCAUCCCCAAUUACAGUUGUUUCUUUCGACACUUCAGGAUACUGGUGAUAAAUUGAACGAGAGCCUGCGUACCGUAAUCACCUAUGUGUUUAAAAUCCCACAGGCCGACGGUUGUAUAGAGCUAUUUGGUACUGGGGUGGCUUCCUUUAGUUCUAGGAUUCCAGUGUGGGCGUUUCCAUCAGACCCUUUAAGGCUCGAGAUCUGUGACAGUUAACUGGCAAGCCUUAACGGCAACACUCGUUAUGAAGAAUAAAUAGCAACCAAUGUAAGGGCGGCUGGGAAGUACUUUCUGACUUGGGGUUUCGUUGGUUGACAAUAGGCGAUCACCUUGUCUGCUCUGGUGCUAGUUCUACAUCAUUACUAGUCGUUGUGCAACUGCCUGUGAUGACCUAGUUUAAGCUUCAGGUUGCAACGAGACCGCCAAAUCCGGCACUGGAGCUGUACUAGUGAUCGGUCAUCUCAUCAAUUAUCAUUCGCUCACUGCCAAGUAGCUGUGAGAAGCUGUAUUUGUGGGCAGUUCCUAGAGAACGAGUAUGACAGUUCGACUGUCGUUACCUCGAUGUCCCAUAGCAGGAUGGACGCAGGGACAGUGGCUUGCGCGUGAAUUCGUUUAUAAUCAUAAUAGACUCGCGCUGCAUCUUCAGGUCCUUAUAAUAGUCAAAAAUCAAUGAAGUGUCGAACAUGGAAGGAUCUUCGUAGUUGUUGUGGCAGGUCAUCGCUUUAGAGUCGGUACUCUGGCAAUUGAUGACUGUGCUCUACCUCUUAUGAGUGUUCUGUGCCCCUAAAAGAGGCUGUGCGGUAGAUGUGCUGCACCCACACAGGAGCUAAAUCGGUUUUUGGCAGGCGUUAUCAGGAAUGCGUACCAUAACCACAUUCGGGGUGUGAUGGCAGGCCCAGUUGCCAGCACGCGUCACCCAUUGUUAUUAUUGGUUAAAAUCUUGGUAAAGUGUUGUGAGCCAGGGCGUGUAAUGGUACAUCCAGGUGCGGGUCCGGCCGUGCCAGCCACCUGCGCCCGUUCCGGCCUCCGAUCUUCCUGGCAAUGUCUCGACACAGGACCCAGGCGGCAAGGAUGGGAGAGUGUGGUAGAUACUGGGCAAGUCUACUACCACUAUGAGGCAAUUCAUGCACAAGUCACCAUGCAUGCUCUCACCUCGCAGUAGAGCACACGCGGAACAUCGUCGGCCACGACGGUCAAACUGUCAUCAGUAUCAUAUUCGUGGUUAAACCUUUUUUUUAGUUGAGGACGUAUCUGCCUGUCUAAGUCGACGUUUGAUGAUUAUCGGUACCUCUUCAACGUAGCUAGUUAUUGUACAUUUUAUAAACCGAACGCUGUCACAAACGCUGGAGCAAUAUAAUCUCUCGCAGGGUCAGCGGUUAGGACUCCACCGAGUUGCCGGCUAAAGAUCGCAAUUUUUUGAACACCCCUUUAUACCCUCUGUCGUUGAAAUUGGAUGUUAAAUCUCACUGGGUUGGCUGUUUCAGGUCAUCGCGCGCAGACAGACUAGUCGGGAUUCCCUCAUGGUCGGUCAAAUCGGGCAGACUCACAAUUGAAUAAAAUACAAGCAAUAAGUAAACAACAACAGGGAUGCAGUUAAAGUCUUAAAACCGACGUGUCAUGUGGCUUUGACCCUUUUCGGUGGGAAUGACACAUUGCUAAUCAAGUGAUCGUUCUGAGGGCGGUUCAGUGGGUGGAUUCCAUACUGUCCACGGAUUUUAUUUUCCCACAUCGCGCACGUCUAUUGUAAUAGACGAUCAAACUUUAUGGAGGAGACUUUAUGUCUAAUGCACCGUUUGCCUUCAAUAUGGUCGAUUUGUAUAUCACCGAGCAGUAACUCAAAAUGAACCGCGAUGCUGUUGUAGUAGGCCAAAAUGACGACUGCAUGUGCUCGACACAUGCGUAACAAGCGUUUGACGAGCACUCAGCCCACAAUAUUUGCCGCGUCUGUGCGGGCGACUGGUGCCUUGAAGAGAGAGAGAUAAGUUCAGCGCAGUGCAGCUCAUUCCGCAUUCGAGUUAAUCCGACGUGCCUGAACUUAUCGCGACACGCUAAAAUUGGCGAUUUGGUCGAUUACUAAGUGGCCUAACCCCUUGUUUCUCAUAGAAUGAUGAAGAGAACUAUAUGCCACACACGUGUUAGGCUGGAGCUCGCAAGUCUUAACGAUAGCUCCCUUUGACGAGAGAUCUGAGACCUCGUUGAGGUCUGAUUCAUGUGUAGCCAUGCAACUAGGACUUUAUUGUAGCCUUACCAGCUUCCCCUCGUCUACAGUCAUAGUAACUGUCAUUAAAACGUGGUAGGCCUAGAAAGAUCAAGGGGCUUAGCUAGAUAUACGCAUGCCGGCCUCGACACAAAUCAACCCACAUGCGUGUUUAACACUGAACCUCUCUCAGGACGACGCUUCUCAUAGCUUACGAUGAUCCUAACUCCUGUCCUGCGCUGACAGGCACAACCUACGGCCGAGUUUCUUUCAGGAGUAGUAACGGGCAGACACCAUGGCUGAUUUACACUGAGCUAAGGAUACAUUUUCGGAGGCCACUCGGACGUAUGCCAUUUCUGAGCGAAACCGUGCGCCCGUGAGUGCCAUUGCUGGCAUCGUCGAUUUAUAAACUCACUUACAUUUGGAUUGCUGUCCUCUGAGUCUAGACGGACGGACUGCCCAUCCAGUCAAGGCCUGCUGUGUAAGUUUGACUGCCAACGAGACGCCAAUGGCUGCGGUACCACCGGAGUCUGCAGAAUAUCUGAAACUCAACUCAUGACAUUUUUCAUGCACAUAUGUGACCCUGCCACCCACUUAAUCCAUUUUGGAAGGUGUUUCAUUUCUUCUGAAACGUCCUGUCUGCACAUGGUGACUACUCAAACGCAUAGUUUUAAAAAAGAUUGAUUAUUCUUUAGCCUGGAUUUUUUCGUCGCACUGAAUUCAAAUGCGUUCUCAACCGUUAAAUGCUGUAGUCAUCCGUGGGCACUUAAACACCGACUUUGGAAAAAAGAGUUAGUUGCCUUUUAGGAACGGGAGCGCUACGGAACUCCUCAGCUCUCCAACACCAUCCUGCCCACGCGCUCGUCGGCGACUGAUCUGCGCGCGACGGAGAACACGUCCCAUUUUUCCGACUGUUUGCGUCUUCUGGGCCACAAGUUCCAGCCAGUCCUCGCCUUCCGUUUCCUCGGCGCUGUCUGUGAGUCCUGCUGCCGUAUGGUGAAAGGUCCCGCCGGCCGAAUAUUGGUAUGUCGCGUCUGCGCUAUCGCCUGUCAUGAUUCAACCAGUUGUACUCGUAGCCUUAUUCGGCAGUGCCCCGCAGCCGCGGUUCUUCAUUUUGCACUGGCCGGUGAUGGACAACUGCCGCCCACAGGACCGACACCGAAGACGACGGCAAGCCGCCCCCGGAUACCCAGUCGUCGCAUGAAGUCGCACUCAGUAAGUGGCCUGGUUGCCGAUAGUAGCAGCCGUAAUCCGGGCGUGUCGACUGAUGCCGCUGUCAACCAGACGAUGACACAUCAACUCCUGCUGGAUCGUCUCACAUACGUGGAGGCCAGUCUUUCGGCACAGUCCUGGCGUUGUUGGGAAUGCGGUGCGCGCUUAGCUGCCAACGUAGACAUGGACCUGGGCAGGCUGCCCUCCUCAAGUGGACGCCAUUCCCGUCCUCCGCCUGCUUUGUUGGAUGCAAUUCGUCGACUGGAAGCUCCUCACACUUUGAAGGCCUCUGAGUAUGGUCGACAAAAGAAGCUGUUAGGAGUGGGUGAGGUCGCCGGACUCUUCUCUCCCGCCCUGGGACCGCUCUUGUCCGAUGCUGACGUUGCGGUUGCCCGGGAAGCCGGAAAGCUGCCUGACCUAGGUAGUUGUGGCGGUACUGAUGGCGACUGUGAUGAUCUUCUCGAAAGGCGACCAUGUCCUGCCCAGCUGUGCUACUACUUCGGGCGGUACUAUUGUACUAACUGUCAUUGGGGCGACUUCUGGAAGAUUCCUGCCAAUAUCUUCAUCCUUGGUCUCUGUACCGCCUAUCCAGUGAGUCGACUCUUGACGUUGAACUGUCUUCACCUCAUAUUCCCCAAGUUAAGCAUCCGUACUUUCCGAUUAAGGUUUCGCGGUCAGCCUUCCUCUCGCUUAAUUUCAUGUGGACACGUCAGCAGUUUCGAGCUCCCCCUGCAUGGCAGCGUUGGAAUCCGAAAGCAUUACUUACCUGCAGUUUGCGGCUUCGAGCCUUUCGGCUAAACGCCUUCUUUCGCAUCUGCAAAGAAGCUCUCGAAAUCAGGCAAAAAUUUGAGGUAUUUUAAACGCCUACUAAAAACGGUCAAAGUACGGCCAAAUACGUAUUUUUUAAAUUCAUUUUUUUGUGAUGAUAUGCCAAGCUGGCUCAUUACUAUGCCCGAAUUGCGAACACUUUUCCUUGUUCACGUCUCGAUGAGUUUACAUAACGUAGCCGAUUUUUCAGCUUGCUUUGACGGAAGACUAUUUGCCCAACUGGUUUCAUUUUUGCGCGGUACAAUGGACAGUGACCUCGACAGCCUCGUUCCACUUUCUAUUCGAUGCAGACCUUCCUGGAGCGUAAUGUGUGCUUAGCAUUCACCUGUUCUUAGGCUAACAUUCAUUCACACUUUAGUCUCAAUAAUUCUAAAACUUUGUGUAUUACUAGUGCUGUAGUCCGUUUAGAUUUCUGCUGCUGUUAAAUUGUCCUUUAGUUAAUAGUUUUUUUGAAGGGCCUGUUUCAAAGAUCUGUUUGAGCACCCCACCAAAACAAUAUUCGGACCUUUAAAGCUGCCGCACAAUGGGGUACAUAAGAAUACCAGUGUGUCCAGAAAUCUGCUUGACUUCAUUUCUUGUUGUCCAAUCGCACCGAUAUCCUAUCUUUUUUGAAUACACAUCUUGGCUGUCAGAAGCCUUCCGAGUCAGUAUUCCGGAACCAUGGGCCUCGCCGGAAGUUUAUAGUUUUAUUCCUUUAUUGUCGCGUCCUUAAUAGGUACAUUUCAUCGGGAGACUGCAAUCAAAGUUUUCGGGCUGAGGAUUGGUGAAUUCGACGAAGGAGAAGGGGCCUUGCAUUGGCUUUCGCCGAGGGUGACACGGUGGAGGUUGCCAACUCUUAGGAAGAGGUGCCACUGUUGUAUCGUUAUGGUUAUGUUGCCAGAGCGGCCACCAAGGUGCAUUUGGAUCCAAUGUGAUCAUUUUUAUUAUGCAACCCAGAGCGUCAAGUCUCGGGAAUGUUAUAGGGCUGUUUGUUAACCGUCAACGUCGAUGGACUCAGGGCCAAGGCGAUGGUCAAACGAUUGGGUGUGGUAUCAGCCAGCCGUCAUCCAUCAUACUAGGAGUCCCAAGACGUUUAGCGGUAGUGUCGACAUAAACACGAUUGCAACAACUGUUUAGAAUAUGGAAUAGAAUUUUACUUUGUUGCUCUUCGGGGAUGGGGUCCUUGUCUCAUGAAUGGACUGUCUCGAACGAACAGGCUAGUUCAUUUGCAAUGCGAAUGCCAGCGUUUUUCAGUCGUCAUGUAAGGUCAUCAGCGGUUCCCUUCAUCAGGAUGUAUUUGGAGCGUAUCUGGGUCGAUCAUUCCUCUCAGUAUUUCUGAUGAACUUACCGUUUUUAUAGUUUCCUUUGGUUCGUGUUGGACUUCGACCAGUUAGUGCUAUUUCUUUGAAGCAGAGCCUGUUUCUCCUUUCAGCUGCGUAUUGUUAUCGCACGCGCGAUAACCACGUGACUCCUAUGGCAGUGGACGUACCCCCUACCUUGGUUUCACAACCUGUCUCAUAAUCUGUUGUCUUAUGAGAUAAUAAUUGUCGCUCAGUUAUUCUGGUUGCCGCGCACUUCGCUGCACAAGUAAUUUGCGUUUUCAAUGCAACCCUUAAAGUUCUGGCGAGAAAUAUUUUACUCGACGCUCGCAUCAAUCCAUCUUUAAUGUACUAAGGGCUUUCCCCUGGUUCACUUUGUUCCCAGUCUUUUUAGGUGCGAAGCCCUUGAGGACCUUUACGGCAGAUGCAGUGUGGUUGGAUCAACCAACCUCGUUUCUCUGAUCCCGAUUGAUUGUUUCUGAACCCAAGAUCAAAGCCUCCCAAGUGCAGGCCUUUUUGCCCAAGGCCCGUCACGAGCACCGGCAAUUGUCACGCUUAAAAUUUUCACGCCAUUAUAGUCGAACGGCCUGCCGCUUGAGCUGAGACAACUAAUCGCAGUGACUUGACUAAUUCUGGUGUGAUAAUGAGCUUUGCGCUUCUUGGAAGGAAGCAGUUGGUCCACCUAUGGAAGGCUUCGAACCACAUGAUUCGGUUAUCUGUCGUACACCUCCCCCCAUUCCUAUUUUAAUUAAUGAAGAGAAGGACAUCGAUCUUUUCACGCAGUGAAACCACUUUGGUUCCGUCUGUGGGGAGCUUCUUUUUCCGCCCUCGUGGAUCCUCUGUUUCUCAUCUUCAGUCUUAAUUGCCGCCCCUGCUAACUGUCUGACCUGAGUUGUGCGGUUACCCGUCUUUUACGCCUACAGACUUCGCUCUGGAAUUUCAGCUGUCUGGAUUAAGUCGGCUUCCUUUUGUCAGACGGAGAGAUAAGAAAUGUGGGUUAUAUUGCGCAACUGUCAGGCGUAGGCGUGACAGUUAAGAGCGAGAGCGCUCAAGGCAAAUUAGGGGGCCGACGGGUGUCUGCUUCAUCUAUCAUUAAUUUUUUGUCUGUUUUUGACUGUUUGUGAGUCCCCCAUGUUUCAGGAUGUUUUACUUGUUCAGCCCAUAUGAACCGGUUCUACUUUCCUCCUCCGACUGCUCAAUGGUUCUCUCUGCGUCUUUCAUCGUGUGGAAGUAGCGUUUACUGAUCUGUUCUGAUUGCAGGACUAGCUACGUGUAACAGGUAAUCCAGAAGGCGAAGUGAAAUUUUCAGUAGUCCACCAACCCUCAACCAGCUGGUCACACCAGUCUUCUCCUUUAUAUGUCAUACAUGCCGCGUCACUGCGUUAUUGUUGACGAGGAUUCGGGAUCGCCUUUGUCUCAUCUCAUGAUGAUAUCAGACUGAUAAACGCUGCUCUCAUGUGUUUGACCAUUCCCCAUCUCUGUCGGACGGAUGCGACUCGUGAUUCUCAAGUGGCGGAAAUUAUGCCUCUUAUUGCUUGCUGUCUCGCUGUGGUUGGGUCCAGACCUCGAGUACGCAAACACCCCGGUUUGGGUGCCAUUAGCUGACAACAGCUAGUAUGCCAGAAAUGGCCAUCUUAGUCCCGCCUUAUUGGUAACACAUGUGAAGGUUCAGAAUUAACAAACAAGAACCAUUACCGUUCCCCUUCUCAAGCGCGUACUAAGUGCACAAGCUGCGGAAAGACCGUCUGCAGCUUGUGUUUGGAAUUCUACUUGGCAAGUAUCUAAUGAAGACCCCCAAGUAUCACCAAGUAUCCACAUCCGCCUGUCCUACGGGAAUGGUGGUAAUAGGGGUUUUACGGGUGGAGCAUCUGGAUGAUAUGUUAAAUGCGAAAAUAAGGAGUUAAGUAUUUCAAAGUGUGACUCAAAACUUACAAUACCCUUAUAUAUAUAGCAAUGCCACAAUGACAAUCACCACUAUCCGUUCAUUCUCGUUGGCUGUAUUUACCUUGGUUACCUGUCCCAAUGUAAACUAUUGAUUAGCGGUUAACUCAAUUUGGUCUACACUUCGAAUGUUUCUUAUUGUUUACUUUUUUUAAUUUGCCGCCAUUACCACCAUUCCCGUAGGACAGGCGGCUGUGGCCAGUUGGUGAUACUUGGGGGCCGUCGCUAGAUCCUUGCCCUCUACUUUGCCACUCACAAGAAGGGAUGUUCACCGAUCAGAUGGUCAGGAAAUGCUCGUCCCGUUACAUAUUGGUCGCGCAACGACCACUUACGGUGCAGGAAUGGGGUCCCAGCAAAGACAAGCGAAAAUGUAGUGGACAUUUAGGUCAUUUUAGGCGUUGUCGACCGGCCAUACCCAUCAUUAUCCGAACUCCUUUGUCAUUUAGCGUUGAGUUCUGCGCUCUGCUAUUUAUCCACGGGUCCGUUGUUUAACAGCAAGCAUCUAAUAGCUAAAGUUGUAUGACUAGUUGCACAGGCGACAUUUCUCCCGCUUUAGUGACCCAUUUUGUCUUCCCGCCUCACGUCCUUGAUCGAGUUUAAUGUGUUGUCGUUUUGUUUCCUCCAUGGUAGAAGUAUUUACGGUAGUCAUAUGCCCACGAAUUCGCCAUUCCUAGCUUGUUUGUAGGUGCCCACCCUCCGUUUGUAUGCAGCCUCUACAAGUCAUCAUAUGAGUUUCUUCUCUCCCUCCCUCUGCAGUGUCAUCAUCCGACUUGGAUUUUGGAGCAGCCCUACACUUAUACCAUGUGGACAGUUGAGCGGGUUUUGGACGGUUCUCUGCCCUCGGCUCUAGAAGCUCUGCUGCAUGAGACAGGCCAACACGUCGAGACUUGCGAGGCAAGUUUUGCUCUCCCCCCCCUCUACCUCCGACAAGAGUGUCGGUCUGUGCUCAUGCCACCAAGCUGA